UUCCGUUUACAGGAAGUAUCCAGAAUCUAUAUCUUUAUAAAUACAACUAUGUGCACUGUAAUUAUAGUUUUCAGCAGAGUCGACAUCUCAAAAUGGGUAGCGCUCCAGAAGCGGUCACAAAAAACUUGAAAAUCGUCUGGACAAAUGUUGUACUUUUUGCUAUUUUGCACGCGUUGGCUGUCCAGGGAAUUUGUGUUUUAUUUGAAGGAAGUUGUUCGGUAUGGACGAUAAUUUUUUCUUUAACCUUUGGUGUCUUAAGCCAAAUAGGUGUAACAGCUGGAGCUCACCGUCUAUGGUCGCACAGAUCUUACAAGGCAACCUUCCCUUUAAGACUCAUACUAAUAAUCCUGGACACAUGCGUUUAUGAGACUUCCGUCAUAAGCUGGUCCCGCGACCAUCGGUUACACCAUAAAUUCUCGGACACGGACGCGGAUCCACACAACGUCAAUCGAGGAUUUUUCUUCUCACACAUCGGUUGGGCUAUGAUGAAAAAACAUCCCCAGGUAAAGGAAAAAGGGCAAACAAUCGAUCUUUCGGACCUCUAUGGCGACCCUCUGUUAAGAUUUCAACACAAGUACUACGUCCCUCUAAUGACCUUUGCUUGUUUUACUUUCCCUGUCGCUGUUCCUAUGUACUUCUGGAAUGAGAGCUUUAAGAAUGCUUUUUGCUUGAAUAUAUUAAGAUAUUUGAUUAUCGUGCAUAAUACGCUCACUAUAAACUCGUUUGCGCAUAGGUUCGGGUUUAAACCUUACGACAGAUUCAUCAAACCUUCUGAUAGUAAAGGCGUUUCAGUGUUCACUUUUGGAGAAGGUUUUCACAAUUUCCACCACACGUUCCCUUGGGACUAUCGUUCGGCAGAGUUCGGGGCUUUUUCCUUUAAUAUAACCAGGUCCGUAAUUGAAUUAUUCGCGCGGAUCGGUUGGGCUUACGAACUGAAGUCGGCUUCAUAUGACUUGAUUAAAAGCCGGGUGCGCAGAACCGGUGACGGCAGUCACGAGAUUUGGGGUUGGGGAGAUGAGGAUCAAACCCAACUGGAGUAUAAGGAAGCUGUAAUUUUAAAUAAGAAAUUUUAGUUAAAAUGGUUUAGUUUUAAGUAUUAUCCUAUUUUAAGCCUGAUUAGAAAUUAGUUGUUACUAGUCCGUCAUCAUAUUAUGAAUAAUAAUUGGCAAUUUGUAGAUCAAAAGCAUUGACAUUGAUUACUGUGAAAUGAAAUAAUUGAUUGAAUUUAUUAAAGACUGACUCAUGUUUGUAAUUGUCACAGUAUUACUUCACAUAUAUUUUACAGUGGUAUUUUAAAGAAAUUGAAUUUACUUUUUAA